AUGUCGAAUCAUGCUACAUAUCAUCUAACAUUUGGACAAAUAGAAGAAUCUUUAGGAAAAUUAUGUACAAUUAAAUUGAAAAAUAAUGAAAAAGGGUUGAUAGGAUAUUUAUACAAUAUAGAUCCUGUGACUUCAACAAUAAUUUUACUACAGGUUGAGAAUAAUUCUAUUGAAAAUGAAUUACCAUCUAAAUACAAAAUUUUGGUUAUUAUGCAUCAUGUUGUAUCAGAAUUUAAAGUAAAUAAUGAGAAGAACGGUAUACCAAGACAUCUAUUAGAUAAAAUUAUUAAUCAAAGGAUUGAAGAUUUUAAACAUGAUUCAGAAAAAAUGCAACAAAGGAAAGAAAACUUGAUUUCAGCACAUGUAUCUCCACCUUAUGUCAUUUCUUCAAUUGAAUGUGAUAAUGAAAUUAUUUUACAAAGAGUAAAAGACAUGAUAACUCAGUUAUCAUUUAAUUAG